UGAAAUGGACGGUUCUGGACUUCUGGCAUUUUCGGUUGCAUAGUGUCUUGAUUUUCAUCAGGGGAUAUGAACGGCGGAGCGGCGGCGGUGGUCGGAGACUAUGUUCUGAAAUCGAAACUGGGAGAGAGCUCGUCGUCGACGGUAUGGAAAGCUGAGAGGAAAGCAACGGGAGAAACGGUGGUGGUGAAGCAAGUUCAGCUGUCGAAGCUCAACAAACACAUGAAGGACUGUCUGGAUUGCGAGCUUGGCUUCUUGUCAUCCGUCCACCAUCCCAACAUAAUUCGACUCUUCCAUUUCUUCCAGGUUGUGCGCAUUGAAUUAGGCUCGAUGAAGCUAAUCCGGUUUGGUUUACAGGAUGAUGAUUCUGUGUUCAUGGUACUGGAGUUCUGUGGCUUGGGAGAUUUGGCUGCUUAUAUUCGAAAUCAUGGGAGAGUUGAAGAGAAAGCUGCAAGAAGAUUCAUGCAACAACUAGGUGGCAAUUUGAUACUGUUUUAUGGAUGGGCUGGUUUAGAAGUGCUAAACAGCCAUCAUAUUGUUCAUAGAGACUUGAAACCAGAGAAUAUUCUACUUAGUGGUCAAGACGAUGAUGAUCUGGUUCUCAAGAUCGCUGAUUUUGGGUUAUCGAGAGGCAUACAUCCGGGCAAGUAUGCAGAAACAGUUUGUGGAUCUCCAUUGUAUAUGGCUCCUGAAGUUCUUCAAUUCCAGAGAUACAGUUCUAAGGUUGACAUGUGGAGUACUGGUGCCAUUCUCUUCGAACUUCUCAAUGGGUACCCACCUUUUCAUGGCCGAAGUAAUGUCCAGCUGCUGCAGAAUAUCAAGUCAUCCGCGCAUCUUCCUUUCUCUCAACUCGUACUUCCACAGUUGCAUCCUGACUGCAUAGAUAGCACAGACUGUCUUUUGAAGAGUUUUAUGGUCAUCGAUUCUUGUCGGGCAAGGAAACGGAAUUGGGAAAUCCAACCCAUUAUCUUAAGAGCCAGAUCAGACGAAGAGACAUUGCAGGAUCCUUUCCCUGGUUAUAACAGUGUCCUCUUGUAGCAAAGCAACUCCUGUAAGUACACUGCAAGUGUGUUCCUAUGUAUGUAUAUAUGGUUGCAUAGUCUUUAACCAUUAUGGCACAGAACAAUGAGAAGAAUAUGACUUCCAAUCUUAUCACAGAAGAGCCUGUAAUAGCUGAUAACCCUUUUUAACCUGCAAGACACAAAAGGUCCAACCAUGAACAGGCAACCAAUGACUCUCAAACCAGUCAUCAUUUAACCAUUUUUCUCAGUCAAAGCUUCACACUUUCUCCUACAAGUUACUGCUCAAGCAAAGAUUGGACGAUUGGUAAUCUUCCACCAUCACUUGGUAUCUUCCAAUGUGAUGAGGUAAGAACAUGGUUGACUUGAGAAAAGGUUUUUUUAAAAUGGAAAUGAAGCAUAAAGUUGUGACCUUUUAGUGUUUGGCGAUUUGUGAGUUGC